AUUGCACGCUAAUUUUUUGUUUUCCGAUCAGUCAGCUACGUACUUCUCCUGCAUUCAGACGCUCCGUCCAUAUUUCACUGCAUCAACGCACCAUGCUUUACAAGGCGGACUCUUUGCAUCGGUUAGAGAUGCACGUUGUUUGUGUAUUAGUCUCCGUCCUUUUGGUGCUGGAAGGAUCAUCAUUGGUGGAAUGUUUGGUGGACGAACUGGAAACGGAAUGCAGCGAGCCUGCCCGUUUUAAGAGCGAAGCGGCACCACCCACUGUGACCUUCCCAUUCCGUACGGAUGGUCUCACCAGAGCAGAAUUCUGUCUGCGUUUCGCUAAAGAAACAAGCUGCAGUCAAGUGAUGUUCAGUUCAACGUAUCAGUUUGACAACUGUCUUAAUGCCACCGACCAGGAAAUUCGUGCGCACCCUUGGGGACAUUUUAUUGAGAAAACGUACAUCGACUUCAACUGUCCGGAAAAGGUUCGGGAGCAUAUGAUAGCAAUAACGAAAGCCAUUAGUGGAAUAAGCCCAACGCGAGCGAUAACGAUCGCUUUGUACGAUAACACCGACGAUCGAUGGCUUGCAAUUCAUAAUGACGUCAUCGAACCGGUACGAAACCAGGUUAUUCAGCUGUCUGCCUUAUUCUGCAAGUCACCCAAUAUCACAGCCAAAGUGUUUGCCAUGGGAUGCUGCCAAACGUUCUACGUUUCCAGCUGGGUUGGUACUGCCAUGGUCUGGUAAUCAGAAAAGCCGACUUCUCGCGUAUGCCGCAAGUGCGCGCUGUUCAGUUUAUAACGUCGACAACGAUCGCCGAAAUGGAGCCAUAUACCUUCACCGAUUUGAGCAAUCUACAAAUCCUCACCCUGGAAGGCGCAAUUGCUGGGGAUCUGUAUUCACGUGCAGAGAACGAUCACCCUGAAGCUAGGGGUUUCUUGCCUAAUGACCAGUUUGAAAACAUUCGCCGUCUGCAUUGUGACUGCUCCUUCGCCUGGUUCCGGAAUUUCCUAAAGAAAAAACCAUACCUUACUGCUGCGAUAAAGAAAGGUGAACUCCUGAAGGUUGGGAGUUUUGUGCUACCUGAGGACGAUAUUCGAGCUCCGGGUAGCUCGGCUAAUGCAACUGCACUCACUGCUGACGAUUUACGCAGCUUUAAGGUCUCGAUGAGCGUCAUCCACAACGAAUGGUCACCGGUGCUUAGCGUUGAUUGUGCGCGGAAAUUUACCUGGAGAAACACGCAGAUCGGCGAUCAGUUUUCCUACAACACUUCCUGCUUUAAUUUUGAUUGCUGAAUCGUUGGUGGUUUGCAAAACAAAAUGUACGAGUAUGCAAAGAGACCACAUACCCGUAGACAGUGCCCUAGACCUGUAAUAAAAACUGGCAGAGCA